GACAAUAUAUUUUGUCGACCGUACAUGAAGAUUUGCUGCCGCACCGCCGUAUGCCAAUUUAUUCAUAAAUUUGUAUACCUGCUUACCGCGGUCGGUUACCGUUCUCGCCAUCCGGACCGUAGUCAUUACGAUAUACUAGGUACUGCACGCUCCCGCGUCAAUUGAGUCGCAUACCGCGGUAACCCGCCGCCGCCGCCGUGUACAACGUGUGCGGAGAAAAUUUUUUAACCGUCAAAACUUACUUCCGAUCACUUUAAUUGCGUCGCGGUCGUCGAAUCGACGCGAAAAUUACACCGACAACAACGUCGUGACGCGUCCGUUCGUCUCGGAAAAUUUAUAAUUAUUAUUACACACACACUAUUUAGUAUUUUUUAAUUGUUCGUUUUUUUCAACAGUUAUUUUAGCGAUUUACUUAAACCUUUUCUUAUCACAAUAGCCACCGGCGUACGCGAAUGUAGUUUAGCGUAUUCGACGCGGCGUAGUUUAAUUAUAAGUAUGUACACCGAGGAUAAAGUCCAUCAUAUUCACUAAUACCAUGAGUAAUAUCGAUAAAACCAUUCAUUCUGAAGAAAAUAUCAUCAAUGAUCCGGCACCAGCACCUGCAGCGGUAAAUCCAGUUGCUGAAUGUGAAAUGGACGCACUGCUUCUUGGAAGAAUCGGGGAAUUGGUCGUAAUCACGCCAAAUGAGCGAAACUGGCGUGGUAUUCUUAUCGCGCUUCUGGUCAUUGUAGCCGUUUUGGGCUUGAUAGUAUUCUUUAUCGUUCUGCUGUCACCGCCAUACAAAGGUCCAAGAAAUCUCGGAAGCAAGUUUACAGUUGAUCAAAUUGCCGGAGAGACAUUCAAAGCGCCUUCAUUUAAUGGCUCAUGGAUAUCAAGCGUAGAGCUGGUGAUUCGAGAUGCACAAGGUGGCGUCAGCGUAUACAAUGUUGAAACAAACAAACACAGGGUACUCCUCACGAGCUCGUCUUUUAAACGAGUGAACGCGAAUAAAUUUCAAAUUUCCAGCGAUCAAAAUUACGUGCUGCUAGUAUCGGAUGAGAAAAAAAUUUACACAAACACGCGGGAGGCCAAGUAUCAUGUUUUUGAAGUGUCAACCCAAAAUGGCGUACCUCUUAUGAUUGCCUCUAAAACAAUCGAUGAUGGUGAGCAGAUUUACAUACAAAAAGCGCAAUGGUCACCAUUAGGUAGUGGACUGGUGUUCGUACACAAAAACGAUUUGUAUUACAAAAUCCACGGGAACCGGCACAGCAGAGUUCUCAGGAUCACAGACACGGGUUCGUCAACCGUGUUCAAUGGUAUACCAGAUUGGCUGUAUCAGGAAGAAAUUUUCAAAUCUGAUAAGGCGUUUUGGUUUUCACCAUCCGGACGGUAUUUAGUGUAUGUGACGUUUAAUGAUUCAUUGGUCGGCGAAUACAAAUAUCCAGUAUAUAACACUAGAUUCCAGUAUCCGUAUUACCAGUCUCUACGAUAUCCCAAGGCGGGAACACCGAAUCCAACGGUUACUGUGUGGUUGAGAGAUCUGAAAAAUGAUAGUUUGUCGAACGUUACGCUAUUGCAAAAACCACAAACCUUACAAACGGAAAGUGAACCUUAUUUAAUGCAUGUCAAGUGGGCAAAUGAAAGGCAUAUCGGAGUAGUUUGGAUGAAUAGAAAGCAGACGACAAUGGUGAUAUCUAUUUGCUCUGAGCCCAACUGGCAGUGUCAAGACUCUUACGUUGAAAAAAUUGCUGAUGGAAAAGGGUGGUUGGAAAACACAGAAAUCGUGUUCAAUGAAGAUGGCACUAGUUACUUGGCAAUACUACCUGUACUUGAUGGUCCACGUGGCACAUAUCCACACAUCUGUAUUGUAGAUAUAUCUACAAAAAUCGUACUCCCGUUGACGAGUGGAAGUUUUUGCGUCGUUCGAAUUGUCCAGUGGGACCAGACGAACCAACUUAUAUACUUUGAAGCGAUACCAGAAGGAAAACCAUCACAACGGCAUUUAUACAAAGUAUCUGAUAAUGUUAACAGCACAACAGGUUGGGAAUGUUUGACAUGUCCUCCGAAUGGACCGCAAAAAAAUACUUCCAAAAUGGAUAAUUCUAUGAGUUCAGAUAUCAGUGAUUCAUUCCGGUUGAGUCUGAAAGGGCUAGAGUCAUCAAAACUACCACAAGAUUCAUGGCCAGUGAGGACCAACUCAUGUUUAUAUGUCCGAUCUCAUUUCUGUCAGUACCCGAAUUCUAAAUACUACGUUUUAGAAUGUUUAGGUCCUUUAGUACCCAAAGUUAUAUUAAUGAAUCUGCAGAUAAAUCAAAAAGUAAUGAUAUUAAACAAUUACACAACACUUGCGACUAAAUAUUCUACAAUGGCUAAACCUAACAUACAAAUAAUGCAGGUGGAAGUCGAGAACGGAUUCAUCGCUCAAACCAAAUUGAUGCUGCCCCCUGCAUUUAAAGAAUAUGACGAAACCGCAUUCCCGUUUAUUUUAUACAUAAAAGGCAAACCUGGCACUCAGUCGGUGACCGAAGAGUGGUCUGUGGAUUGGGCCACAUACUUGUGUAGCAACAAAAAUAUUAUCAUCGCCAUAAUCGAUGGUCGUGGAACACUAGGCCAAGGUGAUAGAUCCAGAACGUCCAUUUACUAUAAAAUGGGAAUCACUGACAUCCAAGAUCAGCUUUCAGUUUUAUUGUAUCUUAAAGACACGCUGAAGUUUAUAGACAAAGAUCGUAUUGGAAUUUGGGGCAAAGGAUACGGUGGAUAUGCCACUGGAAUGAUCUUAGCCAAACGUCCAGAAGUAUUUCGAUGCGGAAUUGCGACGUCGCCAAUUACAAAUUGGGCACAUUUUGAUUCGGCUUGGACUGAAAAGUUGAUGGGCACCCCAAAUGUGACAGACAAUUAUCGUGGAUACGAAGACUCGGAUUUAAGCAAAAAAGCAAUUACAUUGGAUAAAAAACUGUUAAUGUUAAUCCAUGGCAGUGCAGAUGAAACGGUUCAUUAUCAGCAUAGCAUGAUGCUGAUUAGGGCAUUAACAGAAAAGGGAAUAUUAUUCAGACACCAAACGUAUCCAGACGAAGGACACACUUUUGAUGGAUCAACUAAACAUUUAUUCCAUGCUAUGGAACAUUUUUGGGACGAAUGUUUUGGGCCAUUGGAUUUUGAUGAUUGGGACGAGAGCUUGAAUUUUUUUGCUUUUACGCAGUAAUACAAAAUACAAACCAGUUUAAUCAGUUAUAUAUUUAUGAUUGGAAGGUAUCAGUUUGUAAUCCUAAAGAGUUAUUUAUAUUCCUACAUAAUUUCUUGAACUUACACAGAAAAUAAAAAACUUAAAUAUUGUUGAUUUUAUUAUUAUUAUUAUUAUUAUUUUUUUUUUUUUUAAUGAACAUUUGUUAUAUGUUGA